GGAACGUCGCCACGUAUCUUAACGAUAAGGCCCUGGCCACAUUAGCCAAAACCGGUCAGCUCAGCUCCCUCUCUCCUUCCCUUCUGGUUCGUAAGAAGCACUAAAAGAUCAGGAUGGGGACCCCCUGUCUUCUCUUUCUGCUCGGUUUCGGGGUCCUCUCUUCCUGUGCAGCAGCUGAUGGCAUUGAGCCGGCUGGGGAGAAGUUGCUCCCGGGAAUUGAAGAGGAGGACAAUGUUUUAAUCCUAGAGGAAAGCAAUUUUGAUAGGGCCCUAGAGGAAAACAGGUACCUGUUGGUGGCCUUCUACACUGCUUUGUCUGGGCCCUCUCAGACCUUGGCUGCCGAGUUUGCCAGAGCCGCCGAAGAACUGAAAAGCGCUGCUACGGACGUGCGGCUUGGCAAAGCAGACGUGACCGACCAGAAGGCUUUCCAAAAGGAAUUCAAUAUCCAGGACUUUCCGACUCUGAAGUUCUUUGUCCACGGUGAUCGAAGCAACCCCGUUGAAUGCAAAGGAGUUAGAACGGCGUCUGCCUUUGUCACCUGGAUCAGAAGAAGAAUCGGAUCCUGUACAGCGUACCUGAAUAGCACAGAGCAGGCCGAAGCCUUCGUUGAGCCUGACGGUGUGGCCGUGAUCGGCUUUUUUAAGAGCCCUCAAGGGUGGGCAGAGGAGGUCUUUUGCCAUUCUGCCAGGAGCACGCCAGAGCUGCCUUUUGGGACGACAACCAGCGAAGAGGUUUUUGCGCGCUUUGGCAUCAGAGAGGACGCGGUUGUCAUCUUCCAAAGGGGAAAACCUGUUUAUAACCAGGCGGCAGAAGAAGGCAGGUUGACUCACGAGGAGCUGACCCGAUUGGUUAAAACUUUUACCGUGGAUGUCGUCUCAGAAUAUAAUCUGGAGACAUCUCUGAAGAUUUUUGAUGUUCCUGUGGAAAACCACAUCCUUCUAUUCAUUCCCAAGAGUUCCAGUGUGUUCAGCAAGGCUUAUGAAAAUUUUAAGUCCGUUGCCGAAGAAUUCCGAGGGAAGAUCGUGUUCAUUGUAGUGGACACCGAUGAGAGCAGAAACGGACGGGUGAUCGAAUACUUCCAGGUCAUCGAGAUUGAGGUCCCUGCUGUUCAGAUCCUGAACCUGACCAGCGACGCCAGGUACAAGAUGCCCGCGGAGAGGGUGACGGUGCGGGACCUUCGGCGUUUCUGCCAGAGCUACUUGGAAGGGACAGCCAAGAGACAUCUUGCCAGCGAGGAAAUCCCGGACGGCUGGGACCAGAAGCCCGUGAAAGAGCUGGUCGGGAAGAAUUUCGAUCGGGUUGUCUUUAAUAAGAAGAACCACGUGUUUGUGAUGUUCUAUGCUCCUUGGUCAGAGGCCUGCCAGAAGCUGCUUCCGAUUUGGGACGAGCUGGGCAAAAUGUUUGAGAACCGGAGCAACGUCGUCAUUGCCAAGAUAGACUACACAGCCAACAACGCCCAGUUACUCAAUUUGGAGCGCUACCCGUUCUUCAGAUACUUCCCUGUUGGAUCUGCAACCCGGGUGGACCCUUACAAAGGAGAGCACAGCCUUGAUGCGUUUGCUGAAUUCUUAGAAGAACAAAUCAAGGCCGGAAAGAAGUUAUCAGAUAAGGAAGCCCGCUUCGAGAACCUGAGGGGACAGAAGCCGAAUUACCCCGGGAAAAUAGAUAACCAUCGCUAA